AUGUCUUUAGAAAAUCUAGAAGAGAUUGUGAGUCCCAGGCUGAGCGCUGAGGAUGAGAUCAAUACGGAUGUGGAUUCGGAAGACGAGAUCAACAAUGUGCCAGCCGCGAGCGGAGUAUUCGUCCAUGGAUUGAGAAUUUCUGGCGAUUUGGACAACUUCCGCUGCAUUGUGUGCAACACGGUGCCAUUUUCAAAGAUUUACGAAUGCAACAAUGGGCAUCUCAUCUGUGCUGGCUGCUAUCAAAUACGUGUGCUGGACAAAAUGCUUGGCUCCCAGAUGGGCACGUGUUCACAGUGUGGAGUGCGAAUCUAUCGACAACGAGUAAAUCGCAAUACAGAUGUCGAACAGCAACUAGCUGAAGCAGUUGUGGCCUGUGAGAAAUGCAAUAUGCAUUUGCCGCGCUGUCAACUGCGUCUUCAUAGCCUACAAGACUGUUGCAACCGGUUGACAACAUGCAAAUACAAGCGCAUCGGAUGCAAGUGGAAAGGUAAAGUGGGCGUGCUGGAGGAGGCACAUAAUGAGAAUUGCGAGUUUCGCCACAAGAAAGCUGAAGAAUUGCUCAAGGAGCUGCGUAAGAUGACGGAGAAACGAGAUAAGAAGACUGCUUUGCGGGUCAAUGUAAUGAGGUUUCUGCAAAUGCCGCAGAUCACAGCUCGUAUGGUGCACCUCAUACCGACAGAUGAGACAUUUUUGCCAAAUGUUUUUACGACCUGCCAAAUCAUUGAUGCUUUCAAUCGGCGUUGGUCAGUUGAAUUCAUGUGGCGGACGGCCAACCUUGCUGAUGAGCCCAACGAAGAGGAAACCGAUCCAUGUACUCUCUUGUUUCAAUUGUGCUUGUACAACUCGGGUAUCGAACGUUCACCUCUGGGACUUUCUUACACACUGCUCAGUAGCACCUAUUCGGACAUCCGAUUCCAGGCGAAUCUGUGCAUGAGACACGAUUUUAGUAGAGAUAAUCCCAACGGACCAGUGGCGACAAUCUAUGAAAACUCUUGGCAUAACAUCAACAGACUUCUCAACAAGCGCGGAUUCUAUGCCCGUCUACUGAUGGCUCGUAUAUAA